AUGGUAUCCAAAUUGGACGUGUCUGGCCCGGGCCUUAUGCUGGUGUUUUGUCAGGUUACCAGACCUGAUUUAGUGAGCGAAGGUCUCUUUGCCGCAUGGUAUGAAGAAGAGCACAUCCCCGAGGCCACUUCGACCAGCGGCAUGCCCGCCGGGUUCCGAUAUUACUGCCUCGGUCCUCCCAAUGGCAGGCCAUGGCUCGCUCUCUACCCUUGUCCCGAACUUGACUUUGUGAAUAGCGAAGAAUACAAAUCCAUCCGGGUCACCAGUGACAUGCUCCCCACUGAGACGUCUUUCGACGUGGCCGACUUUGAUGUGAGGUACUAUUCGAGGUGGCAGAUACAUGAGCCUCUCAACACGAAGGAGGGUGAGUUUAAUGCCCGGGAACUGGUUGUGGGUAUCAGCGGGUCAUGUAUUCACAAAGCACCAGGACGAUCACCUUUCGUUAUCGUCUACGCAGUUGACCCACCCGAGGGAGCAGACGAAGAGUUCGACAACUGGUACAAGACUGAACAUUUGAGGGAGCUGGCCAAAUGCAGUGGGUACCGUCGGACAACGCGGUACAAAUGUGUAUAUGCAAGGCACAACAGAGACGAUCGACUAGGAAAGCCCUCUCCACAUCGUCCUCGAUGGCUUGCUCUGGAUGAAUUCGACACUAAGCCCAUCCAGGAGGAACUUGAUACCGCCAGGAGCACUGCCAAAGCAAAGGCAAUCCUCGCCAAAUGCAAGGUCGAGGUCGGGUUGUACAAGCUUCAGAAAUCCUAUGGCAAAGCCAACAUGCCGUUCUAG